AUGAAGACACGAUGGAAAAAUGCCAAAUGUAAGGACAAGUUUCCAUUCACCAAACCAAUGAUAUGGUCUGCUCCUAGAAAUGAAGGAAACUGCUAUUUUUGCAUAACGGAUAUCACCGGUUUUACUUCUACUACCAAAUCAAAAAUCGAGUACGCCAACGUUGAUUCAAUUGUAAAACCUGCAAAAAUACUAGUUGUUGAUGUACCUGGUACUUCCAAACAGAUGAAUGUAGAAGAGGAAGAAAUGCUAGUGGACGAGGUUUUUCAAAAAGAUAGUCCCGAAGAUAAAGAUGAAGAAUACUUAUCGGAAGAUGAAGAAUACUUACCGGAAUAUGAAGAUGGUGAUAAAGAAUACUUACCGGAAGAUGAAACAAAAACUUGA